UAAACCAGUCGUGUUACUUGUGAGAGCAAGCAUGGCCGCCCCCAGUGUAAACAAAUCCACCCAAAAGGGACAAGAUCCGAGUGUACUUGCUUAUUUGAUAGCCUACAAUGUAGCGCAAGUCAUGGGAUGGAGUGCCAUCAUGUUAGCCCUUGUGUCACAUGUUGCCAUGGAGAGAGACUUCAAAGGCGUGUAUGAGAAAGUCGCCCCUCUCCUCAACAUUUUCCAGACGGCAGCAGUACUCGAGAUUGUUCAUUGUGCUGUUGGCAUUGUGCGUUCCAAUGUGAUGUUGACAGCAUUCCAAGUUUUCUCUCGAGUCUUUCUUACAUGGGGCAUUGUAUACAGCGUACCAGAGAGCCAAGACGUGUUAGGGGUGACAAUGUUUGUAUUUGCGUGGACGUUGACGGAGAUGAUUCGCUACUCCUUCUACAUGUUCUCCCUCAUUGGAGAGGUGCCAUUUGUCAUACAGUGGUGCAGAUACACAUUUUUCAUAGUAUUAUAUCCCAUUGGUGUAACGGGUGAGCUGUUGUCAGUGUGGGCAAGCCUCCCAUAUGUGCAGGAGACUGGGUUAUACAGCCUUCCAAUGCCCAACAAGCUCAACUUUGCCUUCAGAUAUGACUAUUAUCUCAAGUUUUUCAUGCUCAUGUAUAUACCAGUAUUUCCCCAGCUUUAUAUGCACAUGUUGGCACAGAGACAGAAGGUGAUUGGUGGAGCUGGAAAGUCAAAAGCGGACUGAUUUGUCACUAUUUGUCAUGCGUGCUCACUCUAUACACCAACCUGUGACAUCUUGAUCUUGAACAACUAUCAUAAAAUGAAGUGGAAACUAUGUACAAUUUUGUGAAAAUGUCUCACAGGAAAAUAUGCUUAAUGCUUGGCAUUUUUUUUUUGUGUCAAAUAACAAGACAAUUCAAAACACUUAUUGUAAUGUGAACUACGUGUAUAAGGUGUGUCACAAAUUACAAUAGACAAAUGCAAUUUCUUAAAUUGGUGAUGUCAAAAUGCUUUUAAGGAAUACUAAAUCAUUUUUUGUAAAUAAAUGUGUCAGAAGGGUAAAAGAGUUAAAAAAAAGGAAUAUUUGAUCAUUUAUGAACAAAUCAUUAUUAGCAGGCCCUAACAUUAAAAUCAUUUUUUGAAUCAAAAUAGUUUGGGUUUGGUUUUCUAUUAUUUCUGACGGUAUAAUAUUAUAUUCAAAAUUUCAGCAAAUAAUUUGACAGACCUUAUUUAUUUCAGAAGUUAUUACACAAUUUUUCAUUAUCUGGUCUUGAGAAGUUAGUAUUCUACAUUAAAAUCAGUGCCGCAUGGCAUUGCAUUGAUGCGGGUAUUGAAUUAUUGAGUACAAGAACGCAUCAGUUUUAUUAGUUCUUCUGAUUUUUGAAAAAAGUGACGAGCUAUUGUCUCUUGAUUGUCAUCGUCAGAGGCGUUGGUUAAAUUUUGGGUUUAGGUCACUUACAUUGAAACUAUCAAAGCUAUCACUUGAAACUUUGGGAACUUGUUCAUCUAAUACCCUUCUUCACAUUGUACCCUAAAGAUGCUGAGUCUUACCUGUUUUUUGGGGUAAAAAACAUGAAUUUCGGUUGAUUUUGAGAAUUGGAUAUAGCUUCUUCAAUUUUUGUUGGAUUGAUUUCAAUUUUUUUCACAGACAAUAAAUGGAUAAUGCACUUUAAUAUAUCAAAUGAGAAAUAUGGAAGUGGUAAAGUGGUAAUAUUUUAAAUGAAUAAAAAUACCUCCGUGAA